UUGAAGCCGAACAUUAGUUAGCCAGGCUCCAUGGACAAAAAGGUGGUGCUGAUCACAGGCUGCUCCUCGGGAAUCGGUCUCAGCCUGGCUGUCCAGCUAGCCUCUGACCCCAACAAAUCCUUCAAAGUCUAUGCCACUAUGAGAAACCUGGCCAAGAAGGAGCGCCUUCUAGAGUGUGUUAAAGGCCUGCACAGAGAUACCUUGGACAUACUCCAAAUGGACGUGACAGGACAGCAGUCCAUCCUGGAUGCGAGGGACAGGGUUGUGGAGAAACGAGUGGACAUUCUGGUGUGUAAUGCUGGUGUGGGUUUGAUGGGGCCGCUGGAGGUGCAAUCCUUGGACUCGAUGAGGCAGAUUCUGGAGGUCAACCUUCUAGGUACCAUCCAGACCAUCCAGGUGUUCCUGCCAGACAUGAAAGCUCGAGGCCAGGGCCGCAUUCUGGUCACAGGCAGCACUGGAGGGCUUCAUGGUCUCCCUUUUAAUGAGGUGUACUGUGCCAGUAAAUUUGCAAUAGAGGGAGCAUGUGAGAGUUUGGCUGUCCUCCUGCAACACUUCAAUAUACAUGUGAGUCUCAUUGAGUGUGGUCCAGUCAACACCGACUUCCUGGUCAACCUGCAGAAAGCAGAGCUCGGGGAUGCAUCUCUCCAACAGGUUGAUACCCACACACUCAGCCUCUAUGAAAAAUACCUGCAACACUGUGACUCUGUUUUCCAAAAUGCAGCACAGGACACUGAGGACAUUGUAAAGGUUUUUCUAGAUGCCAUCCAGUCACCCAGCCCUGCAUUCAGAUACUUCACCAGCGGUGUAGUGCCACCGCUCACCAAACUGAAGAUCACACAACCAGAUGGCACGCAGUACAUCAGUGCUAUGAGCAAAAUCAUUUUCUCAGCUGAGGAACAAUAAAUUGUGCAGACUAGCUCUUUUACUUUAUGGUCAGAAGUCAACAUUUUGCUCUUUCACAGUUGCUCAAACGGAAAGGACAGUAAUUUCAGAGUGGCGUGAAUAGAGUUCACAGGAGGGAGUGACUCCAUGGUUCUAUUUUUGUAUGUCACUUAUCAAAGGUUACAUUCCUUAUCACAAUAUAAAUGUAAAAAUAGACCAUUUUCUGGUUGGUGAUGAAACAUUUGAUAAGGAUUGUGUUUUAGACAGCAUUGCAUUCCUGUCCUUUGAGAGUGUUCUUACCACACUGGGCUAGGCGUGCUUCUGGACCGGUUUUUACCACAUUGUUAAUGGGAAAACACUCUAAGAAUUUUCUUAUGUAAUGUUUGACUGGCUAUUUUAAGCAAACAGGAACAACUUCCUCAUUCCAAAGUAUGAAAUCAGGCUUCCAUAAGUUUCUCCACUGGCAGCAAAAUGAAAAUCUUCAUGAUUUUUACAUGAAUGAAUUAUCUUACAUGUUGUAUAUCUUUUGUGUUCUGCACUUGCCUUAAAAUGCCCCUUAAUUGAUUAAAGUAUUUUAACCUAACUGUUGUAAUCCUUGAAGUCUAGCAGGAAUCCAUGUGAGUCUUCAUCUGAGAGGUUUGCAUGGUUAUAUAUAUUUUGUACUUUGGGUGACAUAUAUAGGCACACUGUUAGUUCUUUGGUUUGUUGGCUGAAUUGAGUGAUUAAUACAUUUGUUAAGAGAUUUAUGAAAAAAAAGCAGACAAAAAAUAUUGAUGUAUAAAGAUUUUAUAGCAGUUUAUUUGUGCAUGCACAUUUUUGCCAUGAAGGUGUCUAGAGGGUGCAAAAUUUGAGUAGGGCAUAAGGGUUAAAAAAUGAGUGAAAUAAAACGGAUAUUCAGUGAAAUUGCAUAAACAGACUUUUUUCAGAUUUAAUAGCUAAUGUCACAUAAUUCAGGAUUGUAGAAAGAAAAAUGACCUAUAGUACAUAUUUCAGUAGAAAUCUAAAAACGUUAAGAAGAGUCUUCUUGUUACUAAGUGUCACGGCUGUCACCUUUGUGUUUCCCCUUUUCUGUCUCACCUCUACCAAGUAGGCUGUGUCCCUGUGGAAUGAAGACCUGCCUACUUCCUGGUUUCUGGGGUGCUGACAUCAGUCCCACCCAUUGGUUCCCUCUGUUUCCACUCAACCAAUGGCUCGUCACCACAUUGAUUACCUCCUGCUCAUAAGGAGAGUCCACCUGUUGCUCCAGGCAGCUUGUCACCGCCUAUUGACUUGUGUGCUGCUGGUAUGACUGCAUACUUUGCUUGUUAGCUGUGUUUAGUGGAACAAUCCACAUACCUUGCUUGUUGGCUGUACAUUGUGUUUAGUGAAACAAUUUGCAUACCUUGUUUGUUAGCUCUACAUUGUGCGCAGUGGAGUAAACCACUUAGUAUUUUUGUUUACUAUUGUGUUAGUUUCACCAGGUGGAGUGGGUGCUGUGCUCUUUGUGUUCUUUUUGUAGCAAGAAUCAACUCUGCUUAAAUAGAUGGAUAGGCACAGGCCUUCUUUUGAGGACCUUUUUAUUUUAACUUGGUUUGUUAUUUUUGCAGCACCCUCAUCCACCCUCCUUUUGUUUAUUGUUACCUGUCUGCAUCUCCGUGUUACCAAUAAAAGUUACCUUUUUAAGAUCUA